AUGGAGCACGCAGUCCAUCAGGGGAGACAUGUGGAAGAAGUAGAUUUUAGUGGAGUAAAUAAGGACUCCGGCAACUCCAGUCAGCCCUCGGUCCGUUGGGGCACGCGGCGCGGGAAGCGGAACCUAAGUACCAAAGGGUCGGGCUUCCGGGGUAGCGGGCCGGCAAGUGCGGCGCACCUUCAAGAUGGCGGCAGGCCUGAGGAAACGCGGCCGGGCAGGUCCCGCAGCUCGGGCGGUGGGACUGUGCGGGCAGUGGCUGCGGCGCGCCUGGCAAGAGCGGCGCCUACUGCUGCUGGAACCGCGCUACACGCUGAAGGUGGCCGCCUGCCUCUGCCUGGCGGAGAUACAGAGAUUGAUUGGAAAGCCUACAUGGCUGAGGUGGAGGGCGUCAUCAAUGGCACCUAUGACUAUACUCAACUGCGGGGUGACACUGGACCUCUUGUGUACCCAGCCGGCUUUGUGUACAUCUUUAUGGGGCUAUACUAUGCCACUGGCCGGGGCACUGACAUCCGCAUGGCCCAGCACAUCUUCGCUGUGCUCUACCUGGCCACUUUGCUGCUUGUCUUCUUGAUUUACCACCAGACCUGCAAGGUACCUCCCUUCGUCUUUUUCUUCAUGUGCUGUGCCUCUUACCGUGUCCACUCCAUCUUUGUGCUGCGGCUCUUCAACGAUCCAGUGGCCAUGGUGCUGCUCUUCCUCAGUAUCAACCUCCUGCUGGCCCAGCGCUGGAGCUGGGGCUGCUGCUGUUUCAGCCUGGCAGUCUCUGUGAAGAUGAAUGUGCUGCUCUUCGCCCCUGGGUUACUAUUCCUUCUCCUCAGGCAAUUUGGCCUCCGUGGGGCCCUCCCCAAGCUGGGCAUCUGUGCUGUCCUUCAGGUGGUGCUGGGGCUACCCUUCCUGCUGGAGAACCCCAUCGGCUAUGUAUCCCGCUCCUUUGACCUUGGCCGCCAGUUUCUCUUCCGCUGGACAGUGAACUGGCGCUUCCUCCCCGAGGCCCUCUUCCUGCAUCGUGCCUUCCACCUGGCACUUUUGACUGCCCACCUCACCCUGCUCUUGCUCUUUGCCCUCUGCAGGUGGCACAGGACAGGGGAAAGUAUCCUGUCACUGCUGAAGGAUCCCUCCAAAAGGAAGUUUCCACUCCAGCCCCUCACACCCAACCAUAUCCUUUAAAUCAUGGGAAGGCUCCUUGAGCCCUGACUGGGGCCACCAGCAACUCACCCCGGUCAGCCCUGGUCUCGCCCCGUCCUCGGAGAGCCAGCUGCUCGUUGUCCCGGACCACGGAAGCCGCUGUCAGUCGAUGGAGUGCUUGGUCCCAAGCAUUUCCGCUUUCAGGGGGUGACGGAGGCAGUGAGCCAGCAUCCCUAGGCCCCCACAGCAUCUCCAGCCCAACGCCCACCUCCCAGCUCAUAGGCUGCUCCCCGCACAGGGCCCGGAUCACCACAUGGCAGCGCGGAGGCUGGGGAGGCAGUGGUAUUGCUGGAGGGGCCAACUCCCCACUGGGGGGAACAGCCGUGAACAAGAAGGGUGGUUCCAUCAACAUGUCCCAGUCCAUGGGGGCUGGGGAGAGCAGGUUUCCUGGGGAGAGACGAUGGUAGGAGCAGGGGCAGUGGAGUGCCCUGGGCUCCACCUCCCCAAAGUCUACCUGGUGUCAGAACCCAGCUCCCCAUAACCCUUACCUGAGUCAUCCAGGCCCUGUCCCAGCAGCUGCCCUGGCUCAGGGCCUGGCCCAUCUGGUGCUACACCCAGAGAGGGGUGCCGGAGAUGGCCAGGGACUGAGUUCACCCGGCCGGGGGGCGAUGAGAGGCUUCGGCCAGUUAGAGCUGCUCUGUGUCGACGGCCCAGCACCUCAGCACUCAAGGCCCCAGUCUGCAUGUGUGAAGGUGGGGGGGGUCCAAUGGUCAAGGAAUGCAGAGCUCCUGGACAUCAGACAUACAUACACAGCUGGCCACAUGCCCCUUUGUCUGGAACCCUGGAUGGCUGCUCACCACCCUUAGGGGUGAGGCCAGACUCCUUCUGGUGCCUGACCCCCUUCCCAUCGUCAUCUCACUCCAUGCCUAUGUCUCAGUUGAGGUUAUUGCUUGUCUGUUUUUAUUCAUGUCUUCUCCCGUUUUGCCUAGCUAACUUCUUAUUCUUCCAGAGGUGCCUCUUGCUUUCCUGACUCCCUCAGACAGGGUUAGUCACCUUGACUCUGAACCCCCAUAAAGCCACAUCCCUGUGCUCAUCAAUGUAUGUUGCAUGGAUUCAUCACUAUACAUUAUACCAUCAUUACCCAUCUAUUUCUUCAGGUAGACUUCAUAGUAACCACUGCACAAUUUA